AAUCGCAUUUCCAAACUGAAAACAAGCGAUGUGAGAUCAAGGGCUGCUUUUGGAUUUCAGUACAAAGUGCCUGUUUAUCAUCCCAUUUGAAGCAGUAUUUCUCCUGCAGUCAAGGCACAGUAGGACUUGCAUCAAUCCAAGAGUCAUUCUGUUUUGACGUUUGAAGUGGGGAAAGUAGUUGCAAAACGUCUUUGCAAACAAGAAAAAAGACUAAAAUAUGCACAGGUCCCAGUUGAGAAUUGAAGACAAGGAGCUCGACUUUGAGUUUGAAAUCGUCAAUGUUCAGUUUAAUGAGGUGGGACAUUACAUCUUGAGACUGACUGUGGAAAACCCGCUUCUGGAAGGGUCUGGGACGGGGGUCUGGCUGCAGGUGAAUGAUGGUGAAGUGUUAUCCACCAACACUGGAGUUACUGAUGUCAUUGAACAGACCAAUGUGAAUGAAAUCCAGGCUGUUCUCAAAAAGAAAUUUAUUUUCAGGCUUCCUAAAGGUUACUGUCAAAAUGAUAAGAACCAUGAUGUACGGUUACGUAUUGAAGCCUUUCGAGUAAUUGGCACUUCCCUGAACAGUGGAACGAAGGAAGGGGAGGCCUUUUUUGCCAUCUAUCCUCGCACCAACGCCCCCAGGAUAAACAUCUUUGCGAAGGAAAACGAAGACUUCUACUGUUACAGCAUUAUCCUGGCCCUGUUGCGUGUCCAGGAUGACGAGCUCACGAUGCAUUGUGGGAGGAUGGCCUGUAACGUGUCAUUUCAUGAGGUGCGGCACCCGAAGGACGUGGUGUCCCGGACUGACUCCUCGAUUCUGCCGAGCAAGGCCGGAGGGUCGCCUGACCUCUCUGCUCCAGGCUCAUGCCCAGUGCCAGAGCCGGACAUACCUUUAACAGCCUCACCACAACAACGGGCGCCCACUCCAGCAUCGCCUUCACCAAUCCCUCAGGCUGGAACUGCAGAGGAAACCAAUCAGGAGCCUCCUGAAGAAAGUCCAUCUCCUAGUCUAGCAGAGGAGUGCACUAGCCAUCAACGGUUGCCAAGCGAUUCCAGCUUCCAUCUUUCAUCACCUGCAGGUACUCCUGUGAGGAUGCCUGAAGGACCUCCUUACACACACGUCUUGGAAACACCACUCGGAAAGACUGAAGUGACGCUGUCUUCCCCAGCGAAUGAGGAGCACGUCUCAAGACCUGGCAAGGAAUGUAUUAGCAUAAUCCUGCAUGGAGCGACGGAUAUACCAGCCCUCAGUGAUGGCUCAGUGCCUCAACCUUUCGCAACAGCUAAAAGUGGAUCAGAUGGUGAACAUCACCAGAGAGCUCAGGGUGUUACCCAUGCCACCAUCCAACCCACCCAUUCACCAUCCUGGGAGGCAAAAGUGACAGUGGAGAUAGACGAAGGAAGUGCCAAGGAUGAAGUGGUGAUUCUGGACAUUGCAGACAGCAGAACCAAGGAGCUGUUGACGAGUUACUGCAUUCCUGUUGCCUACUUGCAGACGUUCCAUCAUUACCACGUCGAGUUGAUACAGCCCCUUCCCAGUGUUCCUUCGGGCACUCGACUGUACAUCACCAUCGUUCGGAAAGCCAGCACCAUCCCUCGUCAAGAAGGCUUUACUUUCACUGGCCUGGAGGUUUUGCUUCGAGGUAUAGAGAAUCCAUUAAAGGAUCCUGUAGGCCCCCUCCUUGCAGUGGCUAGAAUAGUGCCUGAUCAUGAAUCCUAUGAAAAUGCAAUAUUGAUGAAGAGUCCCUGGCUGGCUGGCAUUAAUGCCACUGCAGUAAACCAUCCAAGUCUGCACCAGUCCUUUUUUGAUGUUCCUCAUCACGCCAGCCAAGGUCACCCCCAGGUAUCUCCUGUGGGUAUUCCACAGGAGCAGCCAGUCUGGGAUUUUUCCUUCCUGUUCCAGGGCCGGGAAUGUGCCACCAUCUUCACCGCGGGAUCUGCUCUCGUACUGGAGUACUACUCCAUCACCACUGUGAUGAACACCGUCAGCUGGUAUGUCCGCAGCCCACUCGGCUUCUCGGUGGUGCCCCUGGACCAGGGUGCCUACCGCACACUGAUGUCGGAAAGUGGAGGCUGUGGAUUGCGGGUAGAUGGCUUACCUGUGCAGGGCAACAACUUGAGAACAAUAACCAACACCACUCCCACUGUUGGUCUCAUUCUCCGUCUCAUUGCCUCUGAGAGGCCGGAUUCAGUUCUUACUGCCACGGAUGCCCAUCAUUUGCCGAGUCUGGAUGUAAAAUCAUGGGCCAGUCUCCAACAACAAGCCACUAAUGCGGCAUUUCCUGCAGUCAACCUGGAAACAUCUUCCGGACCACACCGAGCAAACAUGGAAAAGUGGACCUUAUUACCAACCCAGGAGGGAACUGCAGCAUUACCAGCAACACAUUGCGAAAAGCUUCAGCAGGACAGAGUUAGCCUGCCAUCCUACGAUGCACUGGCUCAGAUUCUUCCCGAGUACAACUACCUAUUCCGCAGUCCUCGCCCGAUGGAGAAGCGGGAGAAGGAACAGCAGCAGUUAGUCCGACACCCCAAUCCUCUCCAGACUCACCACAGUGCUAUGUCCUCGAAGAAAAGGGAGCCUCUGACUGAUGACCAUGCUGAAAACCAGGAAAUUCGCCGUCAUGAAACAGAGGAGCUGGAUAAUUACCGGACCGCCAUGCAGAAGAUGGCUGAGGACAUCAUUAACCUGAGGAAGGAUGUCACGAGGCUGGAGGUUGAAAACAGCAAACUGCGGAGUGAGCUGAGCUCCCAUCAAGACCUCGGCCGAGUUCUGUUGGAUGACACCGACAUUGAUGUGAUGACUAAAGCAGAAAUAGCUGACAGAAUAGUUUUGUUAAGACAGAAACUGGCCACAGAGACUGCGGAGCUUCUGAAUUGCAAAGACAAAGUGCAGCAGCUCCAGAAUGAAUUGAUACGGAAGAACGAUCGUGAAGCUGAACUUUUGAAGUCACAGAAAGCCCAUCAGCAGCAGCUGGCAGCGCUGCACAAAUACCAGGAAAAAAUGCACAAAUCAAAGAUUCUGGAAGACACCAUACGGCAACAGGAAAAGGUUAUUGAAAGAAUGGAGACUCUUUUGGACAAAAAGUUGAAAGAGAGACCGAAAGCAAAGCCCGAAGCAUCUAAAAAGCGUACGGUGAAUACUGAGGACAACAUAAGGAAAGAGGUGGAGUCUGUCCUGUUGGCAGAGAAUGCCCGGCUGAGGGAAGAGAUUGAAAGGUUACGCCUGCAGCCUGUGCCCAUCUUAGUUCAGCAUCCCAUGCAUUUACAGAAGGAGUCCCUCUCUGACUCGGAGAAAUUAAGUCUCUUAGCAAGAUUGGAGAAGACUCAGAGACGCGUACAGACACUGGAGACGCUGUUGGAGGAGAGUUCACGGAAGUGGGGGCGGGAGAAACAGGAGAUGUUGACAAGGCUCUCGGAAUAUGAACAUGGUUUUACCAGAACCUCUACCAUCGUGCUGCAUGACUUUCCCUCGAGAAAUGCAUCAGACUCAGUUUUGAUCCGAAAUCGACAUGGAAUGCUUGAUCCUUUGGCAUGAAUUUCAAAAGAGGAUUUCAUCCACAACAUGUUAAGAGAACAUUUAUGUGCCGAGUCAAAUUGUAAAUGAACAUCGCAGAUGGUAACUAAAUCAGAGCUAGUCAUAUUUAUUUACAACUAAAACAAAUUGUGCUUCCUUGUAAACAAUUCCUCAAAGCAUUGCUUUUAGACUAUUAAUCCAGUGACCCAGGUAAUAUUCUGGGGACCUGGGUACAAAACCCACUAUGGCAGAUAGUGGAA